AUGAAUAUAGUGUGUGUGUGUGUGUGUGUGUUAAUUCGAUCUGUCUUUUCUUUUCUAUCUAUCUAUCUAUCUAUCUAUCUAUCUAUCUAUCUAUCUUUUCAUUUCUAUCUAUCUAUGCAUCUUUCUUUUCAUUCCUAUCUAUCAUUCUGUCUUUUCAUUCCUAUCUAUCUAUCUAUCUAUGCAUCUUUCUUUUUAUUCCUAUUUAUCAUCUGUCUUUUAAUUAAUAUCUAUCUAUCUAUCUAUCUAUCUAUCUAUCUAUCUAUCUAUCUAUCUAUGCAUCUUUCUUUUCAUUCCUAUCUAUCAUUCUGUCUUUUCAUUCCUAUCUAUCUAUCUAUCUAUGCAUCUUUCUUUUUAUUCCUAUUUAUCAUCUGUCUUUUCAUUCAUAUCUAUCUAUCUAUCUAUCUAUCUAUCUAUCUAUCUAUCUAUCUAUCUAUCUAUCUCACCUGUAUUCCUUUUCCUCCCCUGGAGACGUGGGUUUCUGUUCGAAUCGAUACAGUCCAAUCAAUAUCUUCUGUCGACAAAAAAAAUCGAAUUACGGCAUUUGGAACGCCAUUAUUAUAUAAAUGCAUUUCCCUUCCUUUUCUGCGGCUUUAA